AUGCGUGAGGCGGAGGAGUAUCAGGAGGCGGUGCAUCGUAAGGAAGCUGAGAUGCAGCAGCAAGCCGCGGAGCGCGCGCGUCUCUCCGAGGAGCUCGCGGAAGCUAAGAGGAGACAGGAGGAGGCAUCCGCGGAGCUGAUCAAGCUGUCGCAGCAGCCGCGCGAACUGUUCUACGCCGAGAACGACGAAGAGGAAGACCAUCCCAACGGCAGCGCACGCAUAGACAUUGAGAUGUGUGAAUGCUGUAAAGAGAUACGUUAUCAUUGCUGUGUUUGCAGGCAUAGACAUUGAGAUGUGUGAAUGCU